GCUGUUGUAUCUGCUACAGCUUUGCGCCAGGCUUGGUAGAAAAACUCUGACAGCAGCCAGAGCAAGUCUAUGAUGGCUUCUGAAACUUGAAAGUCAUGUCUGCUCCUCUGCCUUGGAUAACUGCAGCAGCAUUUAGGCUACAGCUGCCAUUCGGUUUAAUGGCAUGUUGAAUACAUGAAGAUCUCUGCCUCUUCUUCCCCCAACAAGAAAUCCAGCAGACUGUUCUUGUGUAGGGAAGAAAUCUGAUAGUAAUUGCCAUCGCUAAUGGUUGAUCUGUAUAGUAAGGAGAUCUGCCUGAGGCUGUGUCACUUCAGCUGGUACUUGGCUUUUUUUUUCCCAAGAGGAUCCGUAGCACAAGAAGAUGUGUGGGGGCACACCAAAAGCUACAAAUGGCACAGGGGGACAAAUAGAAAGAGCAAGAAACAACAGCGAUGUGCCACUUGGAAGUAAUCUCCCUUGUGCCAAAUUGGAUGAAAGGAUUAGAAAAUCUCUGAGAGACCAAAGUGUCAGCUGUGUGAGCAGAGUGACUAGACUGCUGCAAAACAGCUGGUCCUCUUCGGAGUUUGACUUGAAUGAAAUCCGACUGAUAGUUUACCAGGACUGUGAGAGAAGAGGCAGACAGGUCUUAUUUGACUCCACAGCUGUCCGCAAAAUUGAUGAAGCUGUUAUUCAGAAAAUGGCAGAGGAUGCUGCUGUAAAGGCUUCUGUCAAGAACUGCCAAGCAGGCAACGGGAACAAUAUUUCUUCCCAUAGCCCCUCGAUAAGCUGUUUGCAAAAUAUCAGAGAGCAAAUACCGAAGUACCAGUACACUAGACCAGCCUCUGAUGUCAACAUGCUGGGAGAAAUGAUGUUUGGCUCGGUGGCAAUGAGUUACAAAGGUUCCACCUUGAAAAUCCACUACAUACGCUCUCCCCCUCAACUGAUGAUAAGUAAAGUCUUCUCAGCCAGGGUAGGAAGCUUCAGUGGAAGCAACAAUAACUUACAAGAUAGCUUUGAAUAUAUCAACCAAGAUUCCAGCUUGGGAAAGCUGAACUCUAAUCAGAAUGGUUUGGGAACCUGUCGCAGUGGAAGUAAUUUAGGUGUGUUACAGCUGUGUAGCAGCAAACUGCUGCAGGGUGUGUCUGAAGGAGGUCCCCUCCGGCUCAUCCGCAGUGCUUCUUUCUUUGCAGCACACAGUACACCUGUUGAUAUGCCCAGCAGAGGACAAAAUGAGGACAGAGACAGUGGCAUUGCUCGGUCAGCAUCUCUCAGCAGUCUUCUGGUCACUCCUUUUCCAUCUCCAAGCUCUUCAUCAUCAUCUUCUAGCAGCUAUCAACGUCGCUGGCUCCGAAGUCAGACAACUAGUUUAGAGAACGGAAUAAUUCCAAGGUGGUCCACUGAAGAAAUGUUUAGUAUGGCUGAUGAAAGCUGUAGCUCCAAUCCUGCAAUGGUCCGGAGGAAAAAAAUUGCAAUCAGCAUUAUCUUCUCUCUGCCUGAAAAAGAAGAAGCACAGAGAAACUUCCAGGAUUUCUUUUUCUCUCACUUUCCUCUCUUUGAAUCCCACAUGAACAAGCUGAAGUAUGCAAUAGAAAAGGCCAUGAUCUCAUGUAGAAAAAUAGCAGAAUCCAGCCAAAGAGUGCAGGUUUAUAUCAGCCGAGUCAUGGAUGCCCUGGGAGAAUUCAGAAUUACCAUCUGGAACCUAUAUUCUGUUCCAAGGAUUGCAGAGCCUGUGUGGCUUAAUAUGAUGUCCAACACCUUGGAAAAGAACCAGCUAUGCCAACGUUUUCUUAAAGAAUUUACCUUUCUGAUAGAACAGAUCAACAAAAACCAGUUCUUUGCUGCUUUGUUAACUGCGGUGCUGACGUAUCAUCUGGCUUGGGUGCCAACAGUAAUGCCAGUUGACCAUCCUCCCAUAAAGGCCUUCUCUGAGAAGCGCACAUCACAGUUUGUGAACAUGCUGGCAAAAUCCCAUCCGUAUAACCCUCUCUGGGCACAGCUUGGUGAUCUCUAUGGUGCCAUAGGCUCUCCGGUUAGAUUGACUCGAACUGUUAUUGUUGGAAAACGUAAAGAGUUGGUGCAGCGCUUGCUGUAUGUCCUAACUUACUUCAUUAGGUGCUCUGAGCUACAAGAGAAUCAGCUGACUUGGAGUGAAGUGCUUGGAGAAGGAGAACAAGUGCUAAAUGGAAGCAAGAUCACAACUGCACUAGAAAAGGGAGAGGUAGAGGAGUCUGAUUAUGUGGUGGUCACUGUCAAAAAUGAACCUGCUCUUGUGCCUCCAAUCCUACCUCCUAAGAGUGAUGGAAGUAAGAACAACAGUAUUGCAGGGUGGGUACAUAAUCCAGAAGGCACUUGCACUACGACAGAUUCUUCAAAAGAAAAAGAAGCAAUAGGAAAAGUCAGUCAGAACUCUGACACAGCUGUUGACUGUCUAACUAGCACUUUGCAUAAUGGAGCAGCUGAUGGUAGGAAAAGAACUGUCACUGAUACAGGGACUGGGUCCUACCACUUUGAAGAGCAAUCAAAGUUGGAGAAUUUAAUGGAUGUAAGGAAGAACAAGAACCAGAAUGAAAGGAAAGUGGAAAAGCAAUUGUCUAGUAGGUCAUCUGCUUUACCUUGUCCUGAAAGGUCUGGCCGCAGGAGUUCCCAGUUGGAAAAGGUCACCUUUCGGAUUGGAAGUUCUGCGUCACCAGAGUCAGACUUAGAAACUCAAAGGAGAGAAAUGGAGGAGAAUCUGAAGGCAUUCAGAAAAAAUCCAGAGGUGGUAAUACAUUGUGCCUCAAGUUCAGCAGAUCUGACUGUGGAUGUUUCCCAGAAUCAAAAAGAAAGUUGCGAAGCUGCCUUUUUGCCCUUCAGUAAACACAGUAUUUGUUAUGCACAAAUUCCACCUUGUGAGGGGAAGGAGAGUAUGCUUAAUAACCAACAUAUGGAAACUAAAGGAACUGAAAUGAACUUAGGGAACACAGUAUCUGGUGAACUGCUUUUGUCCACUGAUAACGUAGAAACUGUAACGUUGCCAAGCUUGAAAGAAACUAGAACUUUAUGCUCUGGCAAUCCGGAGAGCUGUUCACCGGACUGUGUGGAAGGUGGUUCUGCUGUUAGAAAGGAGUCCCCUAAAGUAGGUGCUAAAGAUGUCCCCUAUGGGGAUGCUGGAAGGAAAACCCCCUUCAGAGUUGAAGGGGACAUUCCAAGGAAUGAGAGUUCAGACAGUGCUCUUGGAGCCAGCGAUGAAGAAGGUGAUUGUUGUAUUCCUGACGAAGUUCAUCAUGAUAAUGUCAGCAAGAGACUUGAAGAGUUUGUGGAAGUGGAGCUUCCUUUACCAAGGUCAAACACAAUCAGCAGUCAGUGUGUGAAAAACUUUGGAAGAUCGCUUCUGGGUGGCUACUGUCACACAUACGUGCCUGAUCUAGUGCUGCAUGGAGUAAAUAAUGAUGAAAAACUCAAGCAGUGUCUACUAGCAGACCUCCUUCAUGCGAUGCAUCAUCCAGUGCUAGAUGAACCCAUAGCAGAAGCUGUCUGCAUUAUUGCAGACACAGAUAAAUGGAACGUACAAGUGGCUACCAGCCAGAGAAAAAUGAUGGACAAUGUGAAAUUAGGCAAGGAUGUCUUGGUCUCGAGUCAAGUAUCCAGUUUACUGCAGUCCAUUUUACAGCUUUAUAAACUCAAUCUCCCAGCUGACUUUUGCAUAAUGCAUCUUGAGGAUAGACUACAAGAGAUGUAUCUCAAAAGCAAAAUGCUUUCAGAAUAUCUACGAGGACAUACAAGAGUGCAUGUAAAAGAACUAGGAAUUGUAUUGGGGAUUGAAUCCAAUGACUUGCCUUUGUUGGCUGCUAUAGCAAGUACUCAUUCUCCGUAUGUUGCUCAAAUACUCUUAUAAAUUAAAAUCUCAGGAUAGUCGUUCCCUUAAAGUAAAAGAAAGAAUAUGGGAAUGUUGAAAGAAGAACAGUUGCCAAACGCUGAUAAAGGGGAACACUGAGAAAAGCAGGUGAUGACUGUACAUUCUACCAUCUUCCGAUUCUGGUUUCAGCUGGACGUUUGAUCGGAGGACUUCAGUUUACAUAAUGUAAAAGGCAUUCAGGUUUUUCUUACAAUCUCAGUUCUGACUUAAAGUGACUGCAUCCUUGCAUUUUUUUCUUCAAAGGACAAAAGUUAACACUAUGUGGCAGACUGUGAGCUGCCAUCCAAAACGCUGCUCAAAACCAUGAAGUAACAGUUACAGAACAAGUGGGUUGGAAUGGAUUUCCUAAUGCUACACUCAUGAGUGUGGUGUGGUGUAUUUCUUUUCUGGGGAGGAGGAGUUGUAAACUAUGUACAUAGCAUUCCUAUACGCAAGUGUAUUAGAUGGGACAUGAUUUUUCUUGCAGAGCAUAAGCAUGGUUUUGUAUAGUAGAAAUGACCAGCUCAGAACAAGAAACCUGGAUUCAGCAGCCAGAUGCUUAAGUGGGAAUGGAGGUGAGGAUGAAAUUAAGCAAACUAUGGUUGCUUCUCUUUUAAUGAGGAGGUAUUCAGAUGAGCUCAUGACUAGAAGUAAUUCUACCCUGAAAACGGAAUGAACUUCUGAGGUGGUUUUUUUGUGGGAAAGCCUUAUGGAAUUUCUGCUACAAGUUUACAUUUGUUGCUGAUGCAACUUCAGUAACUCUGAGUUUCUGUAUGACUGUAGUCCUGGGAAUUAAACCUGUCUUGGUGUCAUCAAGCAUUACUAUCUCGGCGGAAUAUGAAUCUGACAGCCUUCUGUAUGAUACCAGUGCUAUUAGGGCAUGUGUGCACAUAGACCAAGCAAUUGGCACAAAUUGAAGACAAUCUUAUCUGGGGGGGGGGGUUAACCCUUACAAACCUUCAGUCAGAUAUAUCACUUUUUUCUGGCUACUAGUUGGUCACUAUAUUAGGUAUAAAAGAGGACCAUUGUCUGAAGUAAAAGUAGGGGACAAACUCCAAUAUUUGGUAUUACUAUGAAUGUUUGCAAUUACCCUUUAUGAUUCUACAGUAAUCUUGAACUAUCAUCCCAGGUGCCUUUCCUUAGUAGACUAACUGCUUUGAAACCAGAAACUACUUCUCCAUGAGUUGAUACUGGCCUUCUGUGUUUCUAGAAAGCAAAAUAAAAUUUUGUAUUUUACUGUUUUCAUGUGGUUGAUAACAUGAAUGUAAAAAACUUAAUUUUUGCAUAAAGCACUGUUGAGCUGGAUGUGAAACUAUGGACCAGACGGAGGAAAGAACAAAGGAUCAAAACAAACAUUCUUAAAGAAAAGGAAAAAUGAAUCUUGGACCUUUCUGUUGUGAGCCAGCAUGAAUGAGGUGUAUGAAACUGGCAGUUUGCAAGCAAAUUGCUAGCACAAUUGCUUGUGAAUAGUGAAUUCUGAUGAGAAACUUCUGGUCACCAGUUAUGUGUUGUCCUCAUUGGUGAUUACAGAUUUUUAACACUGAAGGGACACACUUUUAUUAAAAGUGAUUUUAUUUCAUACUACCUGGAUGUUUGGACUUUUCUACAGUAAACUUUCAAUGAUUUGAAACAAUGAAAUGUGCAUAUUGUGAGUUGUUUAAAUGUGAUUGGGGUCUUGAUGAACAUUGUGUUGCUUUUUUUAAGGGGAAAUGGGUAGACUGACUUACUGUGAAGAGGGGUUGUUCCCAAGUGGAGGGAUAGUUAAUAUUCUGAUACAGUGCUUCUAAAGCUGAUCCUUAUAUGCUGCGUUUCUGAUCUGACAUUCCAGAUAGUUCUUUUAUUGCAUUUUCAUAGGCUUGUCCCUGAUAUUCUGUCUCCAAAGGCUAAAAUCUUUCUGUGGUUCAGGUCUUCUCCUACUGCUAAUAAUUAGGCAAAAUUUUCAUAUUUUUGGUCUGUGAAUUCUAUCUGCUGGAAAGUAAAUUUACCUCUGCAUCUAGCUGUUAGCAGCUAUCACUUUCUAUUUCACAAGGUUAAGACAAAGUGAGAACCACAGAGCAAGUCACAUAUUCCUGACCUAUCCUUGUAAUGGCGAAUGUGGGCGUGCAUGUGUGUAGAGCUUUGAAACUGCUUCCCUGAGUGUAUAUAGAACUUCUCAUGUACUUCAUUUCAUGUCACUCGUGAAUAUUGGGUGAAUUUAUUAAAAAAAACAAUUACGUUUCUCAUAAAGCAUUAGUUGGGUUUUUAUCUGAACAUGUUGAUAAUUCUUGAAAGAUGUGCAGAAACACUUUUGCUCUUUUAGUGUUCUAAGGAAGUCGAAGGUCAGCCGACAUUCAGUGAUUUCAAGGCUAAUGCCAUAACAAGUAACAUUUGAUUAAUACUACACCUACUAAAAAAACAACAAGCAAACAAGAAAAACUGCCUUCUGGUAAGACAUUAAGCUAAGGACAGCAUGUGAGCUGAUGGUCAAAGCACUUGGACUUCCUUCAGCCCAGGCGAAAACUUUAUAGUUCUUGCUGCUUUCUCUUACCAUUUUGCUGCUCUUCAGAAAUCAUAUGAAGAACUCCCUUGUUCUGACAGUUUUAGUGGAGGAGGAAAGGGGGGGUUUGAAAUUAAAUCCCUUUAUUGUUAAAAGGCUUUAGUCUGAAGAAAGUUAAAUACCUAUCUUUCCCCUCCACCAAAGAUACUACCUCAUUUGAUGGGAUUCCACCUUCUAGGGCUUUUUUGACUCUAAGUCUUUAACUUGGUUUUGGUAGCAUCUUGCUGUUCAUAUAAAUUAGUAUGGCAUGACAGGGCAGUAGGUAUUUACAGAUGUUGUGUUAGACCUCUUUAGGGCAUGUUCCUGUUUUUAUUUUAAGUGAAUGAGAAGUAAUAUGAAUGUACAGAGGUGUUUUAAAUGUAGCUUAAUUUUCAAAUAUUCCAAAGUUUUUAUCAGUAUUAUGUAGUUUUUGUAAACUUAAAUGCGUAUUUUGUUUAAGUGGGAGUGCACAAGUCUUUCCAAAAUCCCACAUAACUGCAGUUUACACAGUGCAAUUUAAAGAAUGUAUUUUUUUUCUGGCAAGACUAAACCAUACGCAGAGGGGAAGAAUUAGCUAUUAAAUUGUAGUAUUUAAUUGAACUCCUUAACCUAAAACAAUAACAAGAGUUAAACACUUUUAAUUUAAAUAGGUACUUUCUGAUUUGAUACAUACAGCUGUCUUCUGCCCAAAAGAAACAAAUACACACUGAUUCUGGAAUUCUUUAAUUCGUAUUUCUAAUGACAUACUCUAGAUGGUCUUCCCCACUCCCUAUUAAAAUGCAUCUUUUCUCUAGAAGUCAGAAAGCCUUUUCAGACACAAACUCCUGCAUAUAAAUUUCACACAAUGAUCACUUAUCCCUCAAGUAUAACCUCUUCUUCAGUUAAGAGGCCCCAAUCAAAACUGAGUCUGAACUGCUGAAUACACUCUAGAUGUUUUUUUAGGUCAAGUGUGUUAGUUUGACAUAUAUAGCAGGCUUUCCAUAGCUGAUAAAAACAUGUGUUGCUAUUGCAUGCUUGGAGAGCAAAGGCUUUUUUUAGGAAUGACUGAAUACUAAUGUCAGACUACAUGUUUUUGGUGUUUUUUCUUAUAGUUGUUUAUGUACGCUAUCAUUUUGGUCUAUUUCUUUGCGGCAUUUGGUGCAAUAAACUUUCUGAAAUGAA